AUUUGACGCAAAAUAAUAAGGUCAGCGAUUCCUUUGGUCUACAAUCCGCUACACCAAAGAUGCAGGCACCGGUCAUCGUGAUGAAUACAAACAUGGAGAGAGAGUCUGGACGAAAGGCCCAGCUCUCGAACAUUACCGCUGCUAAGACAGUCGCCGAUGUCAUUCGUACAUGUCUCGGCCCCCGAUCCAUGCUCAAGAUGUUGCUGGAUCCUAUGGGAGGCAUUCUAUUGACAAACGAUGGUAACGCCAUUCUUAGAGAGAUCGAAGUUGCUCAUCCCGCUGCAAAGAGCAUGGUUGAGCUUUCGCGAACACAAGAUGAGGAAGUUGGUGACGGCACCACUAGUGUCAUCAUCCUUGCUGGUGAAAUGCUCGCUCAAGCUCUUCCUCACGUUCAACGCAACGUUCAUCCCAUUGUCAUCAUCAGUGCUAUGAAGAAGGCUUUGGAAGACGCUCUUCAGGUCAUCGAUGACAUUUCCGUCCCUGUCGACGUCAACAAUCAGGAUGAGAUGCUUGCUCUUGUCAAGUCAUCGCUCGGCACCAAAUUUGUCAGCCGUUGGAGCGAUCUCAUGUGCAACCUUGCUCUCGAUGCUGUUCGAACUGUCGCCAUGGAAGAUGAAGCUACUGGUCAACGCGAGGUUGAUAUUAAGCGAUAUGCACGUGUUGAAAAGAUCCCCGGUGGUGAGAUCGAGGAAUCUAAGGUUUUGGAUGGCUUGAUCCUCAACAAGGACGUUACCCACCCUAAAAUGCGUCGUCGUAUCGAAAACCCCCGUGUUGUCCUUUUGGAUUGCCCAUUGGAAUACAAGAAGGGUGAAUCUCAAACCAACAUUGAAAUCACAAAGGAGGCCGACUGGAACCGUAUUUUGGAAAUCGAAGAAGAACAGGUCAAGACCAUGUGUGAAAAGAUCAUUGAGCUUAAGCCUGAUCUUGUUUUCACCGAAAAGGGUGUUUCAGAUCUCGCACAACACUACUUCGUCAAGGCCAACAUCACUGCCAUCCGUCGUGUUCGUAAGACGGAUAACAACCGUAUCGCUCGUGCUACUGGAGCCACCAUUGUCAACCGAGUGGAUGAUUUGCGCGAAAGCGACGUCGGUACCAGAUGCGGUCUGUUCAACAUUGAAAAGAUUGGUGACGAAUACUUCACUUUCUUGACCAAAUGCAAGGACCCCAAGGCAUGCUCUAUCAUCCUCCGAGGUCCUAGCAAGGAUAUCAUCAAUGAGGUCGAGCGUAACUUGCAAGAUGCCAUGUGCGUUGCUCGUAACGUUUUCUUCAACCCUCGUCUUGCACCAGGUGGUGGUGCUACUGAAAUGGCCAUCAGCGUCAAACUUGCUGAGAAAGCCAAGUUGGUUGAAGGUAUUGAACAAUGGCCUUAUCGCUCUGUGUCCGAUGCUUUGGAAGUCAUCCCCCGCACCUUGAUUCAAAACUGUGGUGGAAACGCCAUCAAGGUCCUUACCGAGCUCCGAGCUAAGCAUGCCAACGGCGAACACUCGUUCGGUAUUGACGGUCACAAUGGCAAGGUGGUCGACAUGAAGGACUAUGGUAUCUGGGAACCCAAUGCCGUCAAGGUCCAAACUGUCAAGACUGCCAUUGAAUCCGCAUGCUUGCUUUUGCGAGUUGACGAUAUUGUCUCUGGUGUUUCCAAGAGAUCCGGUGGUGGUGGCCCUCAAGGAGGAAUGGAAGAAGCUGCCGAGAUGGCUGAGCGUUAAACAAUAACCUUCAAAUAAGAAAACCAGACCAACGUCCAGCAUACUUUGAAGAAAAACACCCCCAAGCAUGAAAAACUCGCUAUUCCCCCAUCCGCACCACGAACGAAGUCAAAAAUACAAAAAAGAGAAAAUUUGAACGAUAAUCCCCAAAAAUGAUAUUAAAAGAAAUUACAAGAGCUUUCUUUUUUGCACAUAGAAUUAAAACCCUUCUUUCGCUUCUUAA